AUGUUGCAAACGGAGGCGAUUACCACAGAAGGGCUACGAAUUCAGGGCCAGGCCCCAGAUGAUCCCUUGCUCCCCAGAGUCAAGCAAGCGCUCGAGCUCUCUGGCCUUCACAGCAGAGAGCUGAUGCACUCUGACGGACACUGGUGCGGCGAAGUCAGAACCAACGCAACAACCACCGCUGAGCAUGUCCUGCUGUGCCAGGCUCUCGGCAUUGACCUUGAUGCGGACAGAGAAGCAUUCAUCUCCUGGUUUCGUUCCACGCAGGGUGCUGACGGUGGUUGGAGUAUCGUCCCCGACCAUGUGGGUGAUAUCUCGGUGACCGUAGAGGCGUACCUUGCGUUGAAAAUCCUGGGGGUCUCAGAGGACGACGCGACAAUGCGCAGCGCACGAGACUUUGCGAUCACAGCGGGUGGUGUCGCGAGAGUCCGCAUCUUUACCCGCAUAUACCUCGCCAUGUUCGGCUUAUUUCCUUGGGCCGCUGUACCGGAAUUGCCUCCAGAGCUGAUCCUGCUGCCUUCCAUGGUACCAGUCAGUAUCUAUCACUGGUCAGCUUGGGCGCGGGCAACUGUGGUGCCUCUUCUGAUUAUCUCACACCAUCGCCCAAUCUAUGCUCUUCCGGCUGGAAAGUCAACCUCUAGCAACUACCUGGAUGAGCUGUGGUGCAACCCGAAGGAUAAAAUGGUACCAUACAAUCAUGAUCAACCGACGGCAUGGAGAUUCGACCCGUUUAUGUUGAUCUUCACUUUGGCGGACUCGAUCCUGCACCGCUUGAAUGGGCUGAGAUCUUUGAAUCCCAUCCGCCCAUUCGCACUUCGAAAGUGUGUCGACUGGAUUCUGGAGCAUCAAGAGGAUGUGGGAGACAUCGGAGACAUUAUGCCGCCGCUACACGGAACUAUCCUUGCUCUAAACCUUGAAGGCUAUCCGCUGCAUUCGGACCCAAUCCGCCAGGGCCUAGAAGCUAUCGAACGCUUCGCAUACCGUGACAAGCACGGAAAGAGAAUCCAAACCACGGUCUCUCCAUUCUGGGACACGAGCUUAAUGCUUAUUGCCCUCGGCGACGCACGCAUGGAAUCCGGCCCGUGGCUCACAAGGUCCUUGGGCUGGCUACAGCAACAUCAGAGAUUAGGCAACUAUGGAGACUGGAAGGUGAACAACCCUGGGCUAAAGGCCGGCGGAUUCAGUUUCGGGUAUUUCAACACAUGGUACCCUGACGUGGAUGAUACAGCAUCCGCCGUUAUGGCAAUAAUCCGGCAAGACGAGCGGCUGGUUAGCUCUGCCUCCAUUUUGGAUGCCCUGAAUUGGCUUCUUGGAAUGCAGAAUACCGACGGGGGCUGGGGUGCCUUUGAUCGCGAUAACAAUAACCUAUUUCUGAACAAGAUCCCGUUCAGUGAUAUGGAGGCAUUGUGCGAUCCGUCCACCGCGGACGUGACUGGCCACGUCCUUGAGGCUUUUGGCGUUUUCCUAGCAGUCAGCGCACGGCAGGAAUCGCAGAAUAAGGCAAACGUCCUCACUGAUCGCAUUGCGUCGGCCUCUCGAAAAGCCUUAUGUUACUUGUCGGCGACACAGGAACCAUCCGGAGCCUGGUAUGGGCGCUGGGGCUGCAACUACAUUUACGGAACAAGCGCUGCCCUCUGCGCAAUGGCAUAUUUCGGCUCGAAGGAUAGCAUAUGGUCCAAGAGAGCCGACGGCAUGAAAAAUGACGUCGACCUAGCGAUUCGAUGGCUGGAGACGGUUCAAAAUCGAGACGGUGGGUGGGGCGAGACCGUGGACUCUUAUAAAGAUUCUUCGCGAGCUGGCUCUGGCCCAUCAACGGCAUCGCAGACUGCCUGGGCGCUUAUGGCUUUGCUCCCAUACCUACCACCGUCCUCAUGGGCAAUACAACGGGGAGUAGAGUACCUUUUGCGGACGCAGACGAGGACUGCUUCUCAGGGAGCUACGUGGCAGGAGAAGGCUUAUACCGGAACUGGAUUCCCGAAGCACUUCUACAUGGGAUAUUCCCUCUACUCUCAUUAUUUUCCCAUGAUGGCCCUCGGCCGAUACGCUUAUCCAUGCAUCGAGUGGCAGGAGAAUUGGCGGCCGAAGACGGAGUGA